GUAAAAAAACCAUAAGCGGGGAAGGCAGCGGAACGCGGGAGCAGGGCGCGGGCCGGCGGGGGAAGGCGCUGCCGCCGCACCGCUCCCCGCGGUCACCUUCGGCGGGCCGCAGCCAUGGUGUUCCUGCCCGACGAGUCGCGGUCGCUGCCGCCGCCGCCGCUCCUCAACAAGGGCUCGGUGUGGCUCGGGUUCGCGGGCUGGAUGUCGGCGCUGUUGGACAACGCCUUUAACCAGCGCCCCAUCCUCGGAGCCGGUGUUCACCGGCAGGUCCUGUUAGCUAGCCUGGGCUGCUUUGUUGGCUACCAGCUGGUGAAACGCACCGAGUACAUGCACGCCAAGGUGGACAGAGAGCUGUUCGAGUACAUCAGGCACCACCCAGUGGACUUCCACAGAUCAGGAGAAAAGAAAAGAAUAGGGCAGCUCUUGGAGGAUUUCCACCCAAUUCGCUGAGUGGCCACACAUCACAGAAUGAACUCCAGCCAUCCUGAGAACUUUGGCAAGGUGGCUGCAACUCUUGAACCGUCCAUGGCUUAAAAGAUGAAACUUUACUCACUUUCAUGUAAUAAAAGCUUGAUUAAAUAGUUAUUGUUUAAUUAUUUGCUCUUCUGUUCUUUUAUGCUUUGUCAGUACAUGGAUGACUGUUUUUAACAGAAUAACUUAGAUUAUUGGUUUUUUCAGUUGUUUUAAUUGCAAGAAUAGAAAGUUGUUCACAGAAUAUAUAUUGUAUAAAACGCAGAGAGCAGUUCUGUAAGUUCAUAUUUUUUAUUUCUCAGUGGCAUUUCUCCUGACCCUUGAACAUGUUCUUGGCCAGCCCCUGUAGAUGCUGUACCCAAAGUCUCGCUGUGAAAUUCUUUCUGAACAGCUAACAAAAUACAUGAUCUCCCUAAUUAA